AUGAAGAAGGACAUAGGACAUGAAUGGAGAACCCGGCAAAAGCAAGACAAGGAGUACAAAGAGAUGGACAUGUGGACUAUUGAUAAGCAAGCCAAGUUGGAAGGUCCCCUUCCCACAAAACCAAGAAAGUGGCAUUUCCAAACACGAAUUGCCUUGAGAUCAAUUGUUAAAAUAAUAAGAAGAUUGAGCAUGGAACAACGUGAAGCAGUUACUAGUAGUGGGUUAGGAGGGCUCUUGAAUCUCAGAUGUACAAAGCUUGAUCAUGACCUCUGCGAAUGGUUGGUUCAGAAAUUUGAUCCCAAAACUUGUUCGUUGAAUGUUCAUGGGCGCCGACUCCUCCUUACUGAACUAGACGUUCACAAGUUAUUGGGCAUUCUUGCCGAAGGCAAAACAAUAGAACUAAAAAAAUCUUCACAAGCAUUUCCCAAGCUAUUUGAAGAACUUGGAGUUGUCCAAGGACCUAUCAAACUGAAUGCUUUGAGAGAGUAUUUGACCAAAACAGAGGGAGCUGGAGAGGAAUUUAUGAGGAUAUUUGCCCUAUACAUGUUAGGUGCCUUCUUAUGCCCAACCACAAAGGAUGUUGUUAAACAAUCAUUCAUUCACCUCAUUCAGAAUGUGGAUGGCAUGAAGGAUUAUAAUUGGUCAAAGUUCACUCUUCAAUUCUUUGUUCGUGGUUUAUGCAAGUACAAUUCGAAAAGUCACUCACAACCAAAUGGAUGCUUAUUUCUUAUAAUGUUGUUUUACUUUGAUCGUGUUGCUCCUAGUGGUUGUGAUGCUGGUCGUGCUCGUUCGAUCCCCUCCUUGGCUUAUUGGGGUGAUGCAGAAAUAAAGGCGACACUGAAACUAUUCCAAAAAUCAGGAGGUUACCAGAAUGAGGAGGUUGAUGUUAAUUUUGUUGUUGACGAGCAAAUGCAACCAUUUGUACAAAGUGAGGAAAUGAAAAAUAUGAAUGAUAUUCGGAUUUCAAAAAUUGAGACGACUGUUUGUGACAUGAAAAGUGUUUUGGAAGAACUAGUUGUUAUUGUUAAAAGUGGAAUAACUAAUUCUUCCAUUCCAAAGGUCAUGGAAAAAUGUGAGCCACUGCAAAUGUCAAAACAACAGGAAGCAGGGCACGGCCAUUGUAAAUGUGAACCUGGCAUAGUUGCACCUGGAGUUGUGGUAGAAUCUACAGUUGUACCUAUAGUGGAACAUGUCAGCCCUAUACUCGUGCCAAAACCUAAUGUUGUG